CUACACUGUUAAGCGUCAGCCUUUUUCUAUCCCACUUUCUUUUUUUUUUUUUAAUAAAAAGUCUUUGACAGAUCUCUCAAUUUACAACACAUUUUAGCUUAAUUUCUUACGCGACAAAGAAACCAAUGGACGAUUCUCUCUACGAUGAAUUUGGCAAUUACCUCGGCCCUGAAGUCGAAGAAGAUGAUGAUGACUUUGAAGAACAACACGAAGAAACACGCAUGGAAACUCAGUCUGAAGAAGAAGACGAAAAUGAACCAGAACAUGUCAAUGAAUCUGCUUUAAUGCUCAUCGAUGAUAUCCCACCAAACCAAAUCGUUCUUCAUGAAGACAAGAAAUAUUAUCCUUCAGCCGAAGAAGUAUACGGUCCUGAAGUCGAGACACUUGUACAAGAGGAAGAUACACAACCUUUGUCAGAACCAAUUGUAGCACCAAUCAAGGUUCGCAAGUUCCACGUCAGUGAAAAGAACUUGCCAGAAACGCGAUUCAGUAAAGAGUUUAUGAUGGAUAUGAUGAACUUUCCGGAAUUAACUCGUAAUGUCGCAAUUGUCGGCCACCUUCACCACGGCAAAACCUCGUUUGUUGAUACUCUUGUGUCUGAAACCCACAAUAUCCCAAUCAAUGUUGACCAACCGGAACGUUAUACAGAUACCCACAUCUUAGAAAGAGAACGAGGUGUGAGUAUCAAGAGUAUGCCAAUGACAAUGGUUAUGCAGGAUCUCAAUGGAAAAUCGUAUCUUUUGAAUGUCAUUGAUACACCAGGCCACACAAAUUUUAUUGACGAAGUUGUUGCUGCCACACGCCUCUGUGACGGUGUUGCUAUUGUUGUCGAUGUUAUUGAGGGAGUUAUGGUCAAUACCGAACAGAUCAUCAAGCAUUGCAUUCGUGAAAAGCUCGGCAUGACUCUUAUUAUUAACAAGGUAGAUCGCUUGAUGUUGGAACUCAAGCUGCCUCCCACAGAUGCAUAUUUUAAGUUGCGUCACACUAUUGAAGAAGUCAACACUGUCAUUAGAAACACACCAGGUGGAGAGGACAUUCGUCUCUCACCCGAACUCGGCAAUGUUUGCUUUGCAUCCAGCCAAACUGGCUGGUGUUUUACCCUCAAAUCAUUUGCUAGACUUUAUGCCGAAUCUUAUGCUGAGAUUGACCCAGAAGAGUUUGGUAAACGCUUGUGGGGUGAUGUAUUCUACAAUCCCGCCAAGGGAACCUUCCACCGCAAACCUCAGGGAGAGGGUAGCAAACGUGCGUUUAUCCACUUUAUUCUCGAGCCCCUCUACAAGCUUUAUACACAGAUUAUCGGAGAGGAUACCAAGGAACUUAAACGUACCUUGCGCACACUCGACAUCCGACUCAAGGAAAAGGAGUUUGGUUUGAAUGUCAAGGUCCUGCUCCGACUCGUGUUGUCCCAGUUCUUUGGUCCCCCUGCCGCAUUUGUAGACAUGGUUGUAGAGCACAUCGCAUCACCCAUUGCCAAUGCUGCCCAAAAGGUGGCCCAGAUCUAUACCGGACCCAUGGAUACUGAGGUAGCCCAAGCAAUGCAGCGCUGUGAUCCCGACGGACCCCUGAUGAUCCAGAUCGUCAAACUGUAUAACGACGAGGACGCGACCGCAUUUGACGCAUUUGGACGUGUUAUGAGCGGCUCCAUCAAGGCUGGCCAGAUGGUCCGCGUCUUAGGUGAAGGUUACUCGAUCGACGACGAAGAAGACAUGACGAUGCAAAAGGUCUCCAAUGUGUGGGUUUACGAGUCCAGAUACCGCAUGGAGGUCGAUGGUGUACCUGCAGGUGCAUGGGUGCUACUUGGUGGAGUCGACAGUUCGAUUAUAAAGACUGCCACGAUCGUUAACCAAAAGUCGCGCGAGGACUCUUAUAUCUUCCGCCCUCUGCGAUUCCCCACCGCUGCCACAUUAAAGGUCGCAAUCGAGCCAGUCAACCCGUCAGAGUUGCCAAAGAUGCUCGAUGGUCUGAGAAAGAUCAACAAAAGUUAUCCCAUUGUCACAACAAAGGUCGAAGAGUCUGGCGAACACAUCUUACUCGGUACCGGUGAACUUUACCUUGACUGUGUGUUACAUGAUCUUCGCCGCAUGUACGCCGAGAUCGAGCUCAAGGUAGCUGAUCCUGUUGUCCGUUUCUGUGAAACUGUGGUCGAGACAUCUGCUCUCAAAUGUUUUGCAGAGACACCAAACAAAAAGAAUAAGCUCACAUUUAUUGCAGAACCUCUUGAAAAAGGAUUUGCUGAAGAUAUCGAAACUGGAGAGAUCAAUAUUCGCUGGCCUGUCAAGGAGCUCAGCAAAUAUUUACAAAACAAGUAUCAGUGGGAUGUGUUGGCAUCUCGGUCAAUAUGGGCAUUUGGUCCUGACGAUAUGGGGCCAAAUGUAUUGAUGGAUGACACACUACCAUCAGAAGUUGACAAGAAACUCUUGUUUUCUGUCAAGGAUUCUAUUAAGCAAGGUUUCCAGUGGGGUACUCGCGAAGGACCAUUGUGUGAUGAACCCAUACGAAAUGUCAAAUUCAAGAUAUUAGAUGCUGUUUUGGCAAAUGAGCCGAUAUAUAGAGGUGGUGGUCAAAUCAUUCCUACCGCUCGUCGUGUCUGUUACUCCUCCUUCUUGACGGCAACACCUCGACUGAUGGAGCCUGUUUACUAUGUUGAGAUUCAAGCACCAGCAGAUUGUGUUUCUGCAGUAUAUGCAGUAUUACAACGGCGAAGAGGCCAUGUAACCCAGGAUCUUCCUAAACCUGGUUCGCCUCUUUACACUGUCAAGGCGUACAUUCCUGUUAUAGAUUCAUGUGGAUUUGAAACUGAUCUUCGUACCCAUACACAAGGCCAAGCGUUCUGCCAGCAGAUAUUUGAUCACUGGCAGAUUGUUCCUGGCGAUCCUCUCGAUGCUAGUAUUGUCUUGAGACCACUUGAACCCAGUCCGGCACAGCAUCUUGCCAGAGACUUUAUGGUCAAGACAAGAAGAAGAAAGGGUUUGUCUGAGGACGUCAGCAUAAACAAAUACUUUGAUGAUCCUAUGCUUUUGGCAUUGGCACAAAGUGACGUAUUGGGUGGUGUAUAUGGUUCGGGUGUAUAAGAAAUUAAGAAUCUAAAAUAAAAUAAUAAAUAAAAAGAAGAAAGAAAAAAGAACAAAACUUGCUUUGAUUGAUUGAUAUAUCUAUAUGAAUAAUAAAAAGAAGAAUAACCAAUAUAUAUAUAUAUAUAUAUAUAUAUAUAU